GCCAGACUUCUACCGGCAGUUUCUGGGAGAGAUAAGGUUUCCAUCCGUCCCAGUGGUAUCUUUUUUUUUCUGGGAGAUGUUUGUAAUAGAAAAGGCUCAAUUAGGAUAUUUAUCAGCUUCUCCUGCUCUUCUGGUGUUUGGUGGAGUUGACCACGGGCAAGGAUAAAAUGAACUGGUCGUCUCAGGAUCAUGGAAAACCUGGAAUCAAGGCUGAAGAAUGCCCCCUAUUUUUGUUGUGAGAAGGGAAACGAUUCUGCCUCUGUGUGCCAGAGGUGUGAAACAUGUAUCUUGGCUUGGAAUAUCUUUUCUACCAAAGAGUGGUUCCGAAGGAUCAACGAAAUAUCGCAGAGGAGGUUUCUAGUUAGCAUCCUAGAGCAGUUAGAUAGCUUAUAUUUGUUACACUAUUUUCAGAAUAUCCUUCAGACCACACAGGGGAAGGAUUUCGUCUAUGAAAGGUCCCGGAUCAACCUCAGCAAGGAGGAGAAAAUUGUGAAGUCUUCCUUUAAUCAGAUGUGGGAUAAAACAGUGGAACAGAAGAUGAGGGAGAUGUUGUACUGGUUUGGGAAUAGCACCCACCGAACUAAGGUAAAUUACACGCUCCUGCUGCUGCAGAUGUGCAACCCCAAGUUACUGCUCACUGCUGCCGAUGUCAUCAGAGCCCUGUUUCAGAGAGAGUGGAACAAAAUUUCAGGUCCCGAUGAAGACUCCAAUCAUGUGUUCUUCUUCCCUGAGAAAGACUAUGGCCCCCAAUCUGAGACCUCACAUCUCUACUGGGCAGCCAGAACCAAAGUUACAUCCUUCCCUUUGUCCAAAGAUUCCGGAGAAGAAAGCUUGCUUGAAAAUGUGGAGACAGCAUCUAAUAUUGAGGGACAAUGGAAGCCUCCACUCCAGUGUGUUCCUGAGAUGAAUAGGCCGUUUUCUGGAAAAGCAGACGGGCCCAAAGCAGGCAGCGCCUCCUCCGAUCUGUUGGUUGACCUGGAUACUGUCAGAGACCUGUCUUCUGGGCACAGCAAAUACCGGGACUUCAUCCGUCACUUGCCCAUCCACCUCUCCAAGUAUAUUCUAAGUAUGCUGGAUAAAAACACCCUGAACAGAUGUGUCUCUGUGAGCCAGCACUGGGCCACAUUGGCACAGCAAGUCAAGAUAGACCUGUCAAGGCACACAUUUAUUCAGAGCCAUGUUGCCUUAUUGCAGGGGUCCUACACAUGGGGAAUAGAUCCUAAUUAUGCCAGAAAGCUUUUUAUUCCAGUUCCUAAAAUGACAGAUGAUGGAAAGCACGUGCAUGUGAAAAAUCAGAAAUGGAAACUGAGAAUGAAGAAUGACUACAACCUGUGGACUGCAUACUCGAACCAGGAAACCCAGCAGGUCCUGAUGGAGGAGAGAAAUGUCUUCUGUGGGUCUUACAACAUCCGCAUUCUCUCUGACACGUGGGACGGAAAUAGAGUCAUACACUAUUCUGGGGGAGAUUUGGUAGCUGUGUCAUCCAAUCAGAAGAUCCAGCUUUUGGACAUUGUACAAGUACGUGAGGUACCUAUCAAGUUCCAAGGCCUUGCUGGGAGUGUCCGCGCCCUUUUCCUGUGUGAGGACAAAAACUUUCUCCUGAGCGGGAGUUAUGACCUGAGUAUCAGAUACUGGGAUCUGAAAAGCGGGGCGUGCAUACGCAUCUUCAGUGGCCAUAAGGGGACAAUCACUUGCAUGGAUUUAUGUAAGAACAGGCUCGUCUCUGGAGCAAGAGAUUGCCAGGUGAAAGCAUGGGAUGUAGAGACAGGGAAGUGCCUGAAGACCUUUAAACACAAAGACCCCAUCUUGGCCACCAGGAUCAAUGACACCUACAUCGUGAGCAGCUGUGAGCGAGGGAUAGUCAAAGUGUGGCACAUUGUCACGGCUCAGCUUGUAAAGACUCUCAAUGGCCACGAGGGAGCUGUGAAGUGUCUGUGCUUUGACCGGUGGCAUCUCCUCUCGGGAAGUACUGACGGCCUGGUCAUGGCCUGGAGCAUGGUGGGAAAGUAUGAGCGAUGCCUCAUGGCCUUCAAGCAUCCAAAGGAGGUGCUGCAUGUGGCUCUUCUCUUCCUCCGAGUCAUCAGUGCCUGUGCAGAUGGCAAGAUCCGCAUUUACAAUUUCCUAAAUGGGAACUGUCUGAAGGUGAUGAAAAUCAAUGGCAGAGGUGAUCCUGUGCUGUCCUUCUUUAUUCAGGGCAACAGGAUGUUGAUCAACACGGAGAGCAAUAUUCUCAUAUUCCAGUUUGAGAAUAUAAACUGGCAGUACUCCCUGGAACAGCCCAAGCAAAAGAAUAAGGAUAAAGAGGAGGACAGAGAAGAAAACAGCUUCACAGAAGUCCUCUCCAAGUGUAGCACUCAGGUUUACAGCCCGGGGGAUUCCAUAUCCAGUAAACAAACGGUGGCCCCGGAGGCCCUGUUAACUAAACCUCACAGGACCCGUGUUCUCCUGAAGUCAGUCAGGUUACUGACAGCAGUGUCAACAGAGGCACCGCAAAGUGAAGGAAAGUCAAGAUCACCUGGAAGAGAUGGCAAGAAGAGAGCGAGUCCUGUUUCUAAAGAGGCAAAUGAUGAUAUGGCAAAAGUUCAAAAACAAGGACAACUGGAAACUCUUGGAGACUUGACCAGUUACUACUCAAAGAAAAAGUCCUGGCAAAUCCCUAUGUCGCCAGACCAGUUUCUCCUUACCGUUAAUGCUUUGCAGCAAGCCCAUAAUUCAGGGGAGUUUGCCUAUCCCCGUAGGCCCCAGACCCAAGUCACUGAUGUCUGGGCACCUUCAAUUUCACACUCAAGGAAGGUCCUGAGCUUCAAAGGAAAAGCAGCAGUCCAACGUGCAGUUGAUCGGUUGAGAGUUAGCAACCCUCCCAUAGAUGUGAAACAAAUCAAUAUUCCCCUUGAAAUCCAGAAACUGCAGCCCAACUUGAAGAACUCUUUGCAAAGUUCUCGGGUCCAGUCCACCAUACCCCAGCCUAUGAUUAUCCGCUCCAGGUUCUCUGGCAGCUUCAUGGGUAAAGACCCACCAACCAGUUCAAUUGAUGGGACAGUACGUAAUUUCAGCCCCUUAACCAGCAUGCACGUCAUUAAACCGAACCGCAUGCUGGCUCCGCCAGUGAGUGUGACAACCCAGUCUGUCAAGAAGGAACAGCCUCGCCUCUACAAGGCUCUCAAUCCUUUUAGAUUGAACACUGAGUUCAUGUUGUUGACUGUGAAGGAAGAGAAAGAGUAUGUCCAAUCCAAGAUGAAAGAAUAUCAGGCCAGAAUGUCCCUGGGAGUGGUCAACCCAGAAAAAGCCAGCAAAGCUGCAUGGAUCAGGAAGAUCAAAGGCCUGUCUAUAGAUAAUUUCAUGAAACAAGGGAAAAUAGCAGCCCCUGAACUUGGUCCAAACAUAUUUGUGUGAAACAGCC